AUGGAGAAUUUUGCAUUCCUUUGCUUUUUCCUCCUUUGCCUUGUGGCCUCCGUUCACUGCUAUGUUGGCCAAAGAUUCACCUCAAUAGCUCAAGUCAUAAGGGAGGAAUUGUCAAAGGAGAGACUAUCUGAUACCUUUCCAGCAGUGAGCGGUGGAUUCGAUACAUUUUCAGACUCUUUACCAGUGUAUAUUGGUCCUCAAGAUGGACUAAAGGAAAGUGAUAAGAUUGAAAGCUUGCCUGGACAACCCAAUGGAAUAAACUUUGGUCAGUAUUCUGGAUACGUCACUGUAGAUCCCAAUGCAGGGCGAGCAUUGUUUUAUUAUUUUGUCGAGUCUCCGGAGAACUCUUCUACUAAGCCACUUGUAUUGUGGCUCAACGGAGGGCCUGGUUGUUCUUCCCUUGGUGCUGGAGCAAUGAUGGAACUUGGACCAUUUAGAGUGGAUAAAGGUGGUAACACUUUAUAUCGAAAUGAAUAUGCAUGGAAUAAUGAGGCUAAUGUCAUCUUCCUUGAGUCUCCGGCUGGAGUUGGAUUUUCAUACUCAAACACAACAUCGGACUAUAAUCUAAGUGGAGACAAUCGUACUGCUUCCGAUUCCUAUACCUUUCUAGUUAACUGGCUGGAGAGAUUUCCUGAAUACAAAACUAGGGACUUCUUUAUCACCGGAGAGAGCUAUGCAGGCCAUUAUGUACCCCAGCUUGCUCAACUAAUACUUCAUAACAACAAGUAUGCCAACCAAACUGUUAUCAAUCUAAAAGGGAUUGCCAUUGGCAAUGCAUAUAUCGACAGCCUAACAACAGUUAUUGGCCGCGUGGAUUAUUACUGGACACAUGCUCUUACUUCAGACGAAAUACACAAAGGAAUUGUAUUGACCUGCAAUUUUUCUUUGCCACUUAAUAUAUCGCAAAGUUGUGAGGACUNGGCCCACCAGUGCAUACAACUACUUCAUCGUAGUCUAAUCUAG